UUUCCCCGUCAUACCCGAACUUGACUGAGCUUUUAAGACUGAGCGGUCUUCAGUCAUUAUGAUGCACUCGACUCGGUUACACCUACAAUAUCGCUCGUUGGUCACACUGUUUAUACAGGUUGCAUUUGCUCGAUCUGAUAAAGGAGUUGCCAAAGCCUUCACAUCAAAGAACUCUGUCAUCUAUACGCAUUCGAGUUGUUCGUACCAGUGAGAAUCGUUCGCUGGUCCACACUGUUUUCACAGGCCGCCCUUGGAUCAUCAGAUAAAAUAGUUGCAAAAGCUUUCAGACCAGCAUUCAGUCAUCUGAAUGGAUUUUAGCUGUUCAUAUCAUCGAUAUCGUGAAUUGGUCACGCUGCGUUUUACAGGAUGAAAUUUCUUCUGCUGAUAGAAAAAGGGACCUAUACACUCAGACCGAAGCCUUCAAUCAUCUAUACGCAAGUGGGCUAUCCUCACUGCUAUUUAAAUGAUUAAUUGAUUACAGCCAUUUAUUAACAGGUCACACUGUUUUUCACUUACUGAAUUUACCUCAUCUAUUAAAGAAGGUCAAAGAGACGUUCCCACCAACGUCGUCAGUCAUCUAGACGAAUCUGAUGUGUCAAUCCUUCCUUAAUGGUUACUCCAUUCCUACAGGGUUAACACCGAUCUGUAUAUUGAUGAAGGAGACUUAGAAUAGAAAUUAGUUACACCCAGACUUUACUAUUUUCGAACGUAUUUUGAAGGGAUGAAGCACUGAUGUCAUCAUGGCAAGGUGUAAGACGACUUCCAAUCGGUGGAUGACAAUGGCGAUAUCGCUAUGGAGGCUUAUCAUCGUCCAUAUCAUUGUUUUAAGGAAUGUUGGCAACUCGCAGCAUUUAUCAGAGGUCCGCUUGGUGAACGGCACCAGUCAGUUCUCGGGCAUCGUCGAGAUCCUCGACGGGGCGAGGUCGAUAUGGCUGACGGUAUGCCACACGCCAUCGUGGGGUAUCAUCGACGUCCAGGUCAUCUGUAGGCAGCUAGGCCAGGCAGGAGCCAGUCGGGCAUUCACGGUAGAGGAGACCAACCCUGAUAGACCGAUAUCCUUCUACAACCAACUGUUCAGCUGUACAGGAAACGAAGCGGAAAUCAACGAUUGCCCCCGGACUCCUCUUGAUACCAGUACUCUAGAAGCGUGUACACCGGCUUGGGCUAGUUGCUAUGAUGAACACUAUCUCGGUUGCUACGGCGAUAGCCGGUACGACCGCGUCCUAACCGCGGCAAACUACCCCUUCACAAGCGUCAUGUCCCCGCAGGUCUGCAUGACCUACUGUAUGGAACUUGGACACAUGUACGCUGGGGUCGAGUAUGCGAGUGAAUGUUACUGCGGUAGUGCCGUGACGGAUUACGCGCGUCAAGGACGUUACGCAGACAAGCACUGCCAGGUGACGUGCGUCGGGAAUCCGACAGAGAGUUGCGGUGGUGUGCAGAAGCUCGCGGUCUUUCGCACUGUGUUACAACCAAUAUCAGCUCCCACGACAACUGCUGAAACGACGGUCGCCACAGCGUUACCAACCACAACCGCUCUGUCAACGCCCGAGGAAACCACUGCCGUAUCCACAAGAAGCCGAAAAACCACUGCAAAAAUCCUUCAGACAGAUAGGAGGGCGCCACCAACGACGACCUUCAGUCGAGACAAGGCCUCAACAACUGCGGUCGUACAGUUUACCGGGCAGAAUGUGUCAACAUCAACUAUUGCCGGCCUGGCAGCAGGUGGCGCCAUCCUCUUUCUAGUGUGUACUGCCGUGCUCCUCUUCGUGUCAUUACUGUACAGACGGCGGAGGAAGAAAGCAUCCAUCAUGGCGGAUCCAUCUCCUUAUGCAUUAUCCGCCUCAGUGGAGGUCGUCAUGGACACCACCUACUUAGAUCCGAUGAACUCAGUCGGGGACUCAGCCGUCUAUAGUGGACUUUCUCAUGUCUCUGAGAGUGAAUUUGACAGCUCCUUCGGAGGUGGGGAUAGACCAACCGAUUUCUCCACUUAUCUGGGACUGACCUUCAAGGAGAUGCAAAAACGACACGACGAGGAGUACGCGUCGCUCAACGCACACCACAAGAACGAAGGUAGCUUCGUAACGACCAGUAGUGGGGAUGUUGGAGAUGUGAGUGAGCUGGCAACCAACAGCGAUGCAUCAGGGUUUGAAACUAGCCAAGAGUCAGUCGGUAAUGGCGUGCCUUUGGCCAUACCCAGUAUACGACACCCUACCAGGGAUGAUCAAGAACAGGAAUUGUACGACGAGCCGCACAAGUCUGGAAUAUAUAUAUCAGGGACAGGUCUUUGCCCUUUCAAAUACGGUUUCGAGUACGAUGCGGGAAUGUAUUCGCCAGUCCACCAAGGGUCGUACUGCGAGAUUGGUAGUGGAGCAACUGAAAUUCAAUGCGAAAAGCUUGAAGAAGGAUCCCACGGUGUGAGUCAGGCAAUGGAGAAACGACCUCCUCUGAGACCUCCAGUUAUACGGGAAUAUGCCAGUGUUUUCCCUCAUCUUUCACAGACUGGACUCGGUACAAAUCAACUUGACACUGAGACAGGUAGUUGUCAUAUUAGCGGACGCUUAGAAAGCGGGGAAUAUGCAACAGUAUCAGAUCUAGAUUUCAAGAGCCGGACGUCACGUCUUCCCAGUGACGCACCAGGGUACAAGCAAAAACAUUUGAAUACCUUACCAGCCUCUGUCCGAUUAAGUACAGAACCACAGCUUCGGGUUGGCAGUAGACGAAAUGGUGAUUAUGAUAGUGUUUAUUUCGAGGGUAGAAAACAAUCCAAAACGCUUCCAGAUUCCAGAAGACGGCGUAUGAUCGAGAGCGUCCCGUUUCCUUCUGUCCUCUACCCUGAUUAUGCGACCAUUGGCGACGAAAGCGAAAUGCAAUUGAAAUACGAAUUCACAAACGAUGACACCUUCGAGACUGAAGAUGUUGUGAACAACAUGGACCACUCAUAUUCAUAUGUAGAUCACAAGAAACUCCUAAUAGCAAAGAACAAGAAGUGCUCCGUCAAGGACCUUUCAAUUUCAUCUGAAUGGAGUGUUGAAAAUCCAAAUUACGAAAAUGUAAAUGACACAGAGAAGUGCUCAAAGACCACUCCUAGGAUAUCUGUGUCCUCGAUUCUGUCCCAGAUGUCUCCUCGAGGGCAACUGCGAAAGUAUUCGUCUCUGGAGGAAGAGUGUAGCAACAAAGAAAAGCUUGAAACUUUGAAACCUGUUGACAACCAAAAGAGGAAACCAUCUGCGACAUUGCCAAGGGACUUGCGCCCAUCCGAAGUAGAAUAUGCCGUAGUGGACAAGGUAUCAAGAAACUCAGAACCAGCUCUCUUUGCCAAGAAACUUCCGAAUUUGGGCGACGAUGAUUAUGACGUUCUCCAACAUGCAAGUCCCGAAUAGAAACCACAUGUUCUUUGUAUUAGAAUUGCCAUACUAAUAAUAGACAAAUAGCCCGGUCUAAGGCAGUAAUGUGACAAUCGUCGAUCUGUCAUUAAGUGUUCUAUAAGCUAGGGUGAUCGAAGUACCGUUAUAAUUUGUGAUAUUUUCGUAAAAAUAUUGAAGGAAGACAAAAUAUUAUUUCUGACCAUGUUGUCGCCAAAGUGGGGAAUGAUUCAUAUUUUUUAAGCAUUUCUGGAAAAAAAAUCAGUGAUAAAGAUGAAAUAGAAAGUUUAUUUGCGAAUGAUUAUGAUGAAAUUCUUUUAAAAAAAUUGGGCCUAUUAUAUUCGCAGUUCUUUUAUAGUGCUUUAAAGAUGUUUGCCUACUUGCAUAUUGCACCAAGCUUAUAGAUUUAUAGUUAAUUAUAAAUAAUGAAUAAUUUUUAAAUAGUUUUCGAAUAAUCUUGGAAUAAUUGCUAGGUCUCCUCCCUAUUGAGUAAUUUUCAUUCAAUUCCGAAUUCAAGGAUUUCAUCUUUAUUUCAGCACUGAUUCAUUUUUAACACCAUAUUAAGUAACUACGGAACACGAUAUCACAUUUUAUAUUACAUUCUUUUUAUCGAUAAUUCGUCUUUCGAUAUUUUAUUUCUAUGAAAGUGUUAUAUUUACUUUUUGUCUUUGAAUUCAUCAAUAUGAUUAUUCAUAUUUGUAAUUUGGUUAAGCUUAUUCUAUAUACAGGCAAAUCUGCUCUUCACAUGUCUUCCAAGACUGGGCAGAGGGAUCGUCAGGUUAGAGUGAUUGGCCCGUAUUCUGAACUCGGGUUUGAAUUAAACCCUCGUUUAAAGUGGUGGUUAAAAUAAGGAGAGCCAAUCGGGUUAAAAAUCUUUAACAGUACACAUCCAAUUAUUGACUCAUGUGACAUCCAAAUUGUUCAUGAUUGUCUGGGAAUGAUAAAUGAAGUAUUUUCUUCAUCAUGAAAACAAAAUAGUAAACAUAAGAAAUAUACAUUAGAUUUUUUAAAUAGAAUUUUUGGCUCCCCAUUAUUUUAGCACAGAGUUAGACCGUGGUCUUACUUCAGAAAAUGGGCCAUUUAAUUUGCUCUCCUUUUCCUAGCCACCAAUUGGAGAGCUAAGUGGGGUUUGUGAAAAGAGAUAUGUAUUUGUACAAUUCGUUCCCUUUUUAUCAUCCAAAUUAAUUAUACAAUCAUUAUUUGAAGGUAAAACAUGCGCAACGAAUAAUGACUAAAUAAAUAUAUGUGAUUUGGUCAAGUAUGAUGGAAUGCGGGAUAUCAUUGGCUCCCUUUUAGCUAGGGUUACAAAUUAUGCACCGAAUCAGCUGCUGCGAAUCCAUCCGAAUACACGUAGGCUAUUCGGCGGGUGGACUGGGAGUAUUUCUUCUCCCUAUACGCCAAUGCGAGAAAAUUCAGGAAGGAUUCGGGAACAUUCGAAUCCACCGAAACCACUAAUUAGGCCGAAUUCGGCUAGAAUGGGUCCAAAUUUAUCAUGUUUAUUCCGAAGAAUUCGCUGACAAUUGCUCCGUGAAUGUACU